AUGGGCAAAUUGAAGAUGAAACCAGAACAAGAAAGUGAUGAAAUUGCUACAUCUCAUUUCUCAGAAAUAAAAGAAAUUCAGCCCUGCCUUUUUGAAGAAUCGCUGGUGGCUAUUUCAGAGUCUGGAGAGACUAUAGGGACGUUUUCCAUCUCGGCGAAGUGGGCCUGCUAUUCGCUGGAUGGCUGGCAAGAAGAAGACUGUUUCCUGGUCCGUGCAAACAGCAAAGUGGCAAUCGAUGGGGUGCCUUGCAAAAUCUCCCUUACAGGAUAUGUAACAAAGAAACUGGAGAUUUUGGAGCAGCACAUUCAGGAAAGUGUGAGGUUUAGAAAUCAUCCAGUGGAAACCAGGACCCGAGUGGUGAAGCGGCACGACCGACUUUAUGUGGCCAAAACCAUAGUGGAAAAAGAUGAAGAGAUCAACGUCAGCACGUUUUCUUACAGAUGUGCACAACUUGAGGGCCUCAUCUCAGAAUCUGCCAACUUCUUGGUGCUGCGGGUGAUGGCCAGGAGGCAGUCCUUACCACAAAAUGCUAUUUUCCUCUCAUUUGACUCUGACCAACACGUCUGUACCUCUACCUAUAAAACCCUCGGCUUCCAGAAGCAGAAAGUGAAAAAAGAGGAAGUGGAUGUGUUUGUGAUUGAAAGGACCAUACAGUCUGUGGAAGCGCCCCCACUGAAUUGGCAGUUCUACUUCCUACCAGAUGGGCAUUUAUCUCGCCGUGUACAAGUUGGAUCCCCGGCCACCAUGGUGAUCCUGCAGAUGCCCAUUUUGAUUGACACAGAUGAACCAGACCCUCGUCCUGUCUUUGAAAAAGUCCUCUUAGAUUGGGAAGAGGAUGCUGAAUUAUAUUCCAAGUUCUUAGACAGAAAG